AAGAAGCGGAGGAGGGAAGAGAGCGAUCCUCUCUCAGUCUCGUUCGUCGUAGCUGCUAAAUUGAUCCCAUCAGUUUCAGUUAAAAUCAGAUCGUCGCCGCUCCGGCAUUGGUUCAAGGCGGAGCUGACGAAUUUACCUGUGAACGGAGAGGUUACUGAUCUGAAUUGUUGAAGAUCGGAAAAAUGACAGAAUCGAGUCUGGAUCUGCAGGAAUCUGGUUGGGAGGAACUUCGACGGGAAGCUCGUAAAAUCGAAGGCGAUCUAGACGUUAAGCUCUCUUCUUACGCUAAGCUCGGCGCCAGGUUUACCCAAGGCGGGUAUGUCGACGCUGGAUCUCCAACCGUUGGAUCUGGAAGAUCAUGGAAGUCUAUGGAGAUGGAAAUUCAAUCGUUGCUUGAGAAGCUGUUGGACGUUAAUGAUUCCAUGAGUAGAUGUGCUGCAUCUGCUGCACCCACAACUUCGGUUACCCAAAAGCUUGCAAGACACAGGGAUAUACUUCAUGAAUAUACCCAGGAGUUUCGAAGAAUAAAAGGAAAUAUAAACUCGCUGAGAGAGCAUGCUGAGCUUUUAAGUUCUGUCAGGGAUGACAUAAGUGAAUAUAAGGCUUCUGGUAGUAUGUCACCAGGUGUGCAGGUGCUAAGGGAGCGAGCUUCAAUCCAUGGAAGUAUAAACCAUAUUGAUGAAGUCAUUGGUCAAGCUCAGGCAACAAGAUCAGUUCUUGGCUCUCAACGAUCUCUGUUUUCAGAUGUUCAAGGAAAAGUAAAAAAUCUCGGAGACAAAUUCCCAGUGAUUCGUGGCUUACUUGGUUCGAUUAAAAGGAGACGUUCUCGGGACACACUUAUCCUCUCUGCUGUUAUCGCUGCUUGUACGUUGUUUCUUAUCAUCUACUGGCUCUCGAAAUAAACAGUAUGUUCAUACACCUAAACUAUAAAAAUGACUUUGCCUCAGGCAUCUCUAGAUGGAAUUUUUCCAAGUUUUUUUCUUCUUGCUUUUGGUGUUGUUUUGCCAUUUUGUUGGGUUAUGUGUUUGUAGGACAAUAUUUAUACACCCUGAAUUAUAAAACAAAAGUAGAGUAAAAUUCGAAAA